GUGAAGACGGUUUAAAAUGCAUAUCGCGAAUAUAAUUUUCUCGUUAUUUUUGUUGCUUAUAAAGUUAAGUCUUUCUAAAAAUUUUCCUAGUGUAAAAAGCCAUUUGGGUGAAAUUAAGGGUCACUAUAAAAUAUCUAACAGAGGUAAUAAUUAUGAAGCUUACGAAGGUAUACCAUAUGCUAAACCACCAAUUGGAAAUAGAAGAUUCAUGCCGCCUGAACCGAUGCAGCCGUGGAAAGGAGAAAUCGUAGCAAAUACCUUUCAUGAUAUGUGUAUAGGUUACAACAGAGAUUUUAAAGAAAACGAAUAUGUACGCGGUGUCGAAGAUUGUUUGUACAUGAAUAUUUAUACGCCAAUUAAAAAAAACAAUACUUCUUUACCGGUCAUCUUAUGGAUUUACGCUGGAGGUUUUCAAUUUGCCACAAUUGGAGGAACCGAACAACAUUAUUUGAUAGACCAUGACGUUAUUUUUAUAUCCUUUAACUAUCGUCAUGGAACUCUUGGAUUUUUAAGCACAGAAGAUGAAGUCGUAGCAGGCAAUAUGGGUCUUAAAGACCAAGCUAUGGCUCUUAAGUGGGUUUCAGAUAACAUUGAGUGCUUUGGAGGUGAUCCAAAAAAAAUAACACUUGCAGGUUUAAGUGCUGGAGCUGCAAGUGUCCAUUAUCAUUAUUUAUCUCCGAUGAGCAAAGGAUUAUUUCGAAGUGGAAUUUCUUUCAGUGGCACUGCCUUUAAUUCUUGGACACAGGCUAAAAAUUCAAGAGAAAAAGCUAUAAAAUUAGGAAAACUCAUGAAUUGCCCGAUUGGUGAUAUAAUCAAUAUGGUCGACUGCUUAAGAACACGAUCCGCAUAUGAUAUAGUCUCGGCACAAAUUAAUUUCAUGCCAUGGCAUUUGAAUGAGUUUUCACCAUUUGGACCAGUGAUAGAAGAAUACACACCAGAUCCUUUUAUUAAUCGUUCUCCAAUUGACGUUAUCAAUACUGGUGACGUUUAUGACGCACCGUGGAUAACUGGAGUAGUCAAAGAAGAAGGGCUUUAUGCUGUAGCAGAAUUUGUAACGAAUGAAACUGCUUUUCAAGAGUUGAAUGAUAAUUGGAAUGAAAUAGCACCACAGCUGCUUCAAUUUUACUAUACAAUUCCAAAAAAAGAUCACGCAUCAGUAUCACAGAAAAUUCGAAAGCAUUACUUUGGAGAUCAAUUGAUCACUCGAGGCAAUUUUAUAAAUCUUACGCAUCUGAAUGGUGAUAGAGUCUUCGUUGUCGAUGCUGAAAAAGCUGCUAGAGCGCAAGCAAAAGUUAAUCGAAGUCCAGUUUGGUUCUAUUAUUACUCAUACAGAGCUAGGAGUAGUUUGUCCGAUUCAAUGUCUAAUACAACUGAAAACUUUGGGGUUAGUCACGCUGAUGAUGUACUUUUAAUUCUUGGGAAUCACAUGAUAAAUCCAACGAACAAUGAUAGAGACUUUGCUAUGCAUGGAGAUCUACUUAAAUUUUGGCUUUCUGUUGCUCGCGAAGGCGCUCCCAAUUUUGGUCCGCAAUGGUCAUCCAUUAAUCCAAACGAUGCGGAUCUUAAAUAUUUACAUAUGAGGGCAUCAGGAGAUUUCAAAGAAGAAAGUAAUAAUAAUUUAGGAGAAAAAAUUUUUUGGGAAACCAUUGAUUUUAAUGAAAAUAAGCCAUACUAGCCUACAAUCAAUUAAACGCAUGCUACGUCAAAAUUCUUUGAUAUUUUAAUACUAUUGUGUGAAUCGCAGGUAAAAAUUCGUAUGAAUUUUUUUAUGUGUGUGAGUAGAUUGACAAUAAAAUUGAUAUUUACAUGAAAGAACGGAUAUCUUUUGUCGUGAUUGAUAUCAAAUCAUGUGAAAUGUCAAAGAAUUUUUCAUAAGCUUAUUUAUUUUUACUGUUGAGUAAUGACAAUGCGGUGAGUCGAUUGUUAAUCGAAUUAACUCAAUCAAAGUGUCUGUGCGUUUGUUCGUUUCCACUUCUAAGCAAUAUGCACAUUCCAAGUCAAUUAUCGAAAGCACAUCCACGAGUAUUAUUUUGAUGCAAUAGUUUCCAUUAUUACUUUUGAAUAUUUCUGGAUCUCUUUUGCUAAGGUUAUCGUUAUUAUUUCAGAUUGCAUCAAUUUUCAAGAUGUACUUAUGUGAAAAAUAAGGAAAUAUUUUUGUAUCAUUUCUUGUUUAAUUGUUUUGAUAAUGAUAAGUAACUAUUUUAAGAAAGAUAGGUUGAGAAAAAUAAAAUCAAUUAUUCGACGCUGUAUAGAUUAGGAAAAACUUUCAAUUGAUAAAAAAUAUAUUAAUAUUACAUUAUUGUUUGAAUUCAUCUAUACCGUCAAGGCUAUUUAUUGAUUAACAUGUACAAUCAUAGGACAGUCAACAAAGUAAAGAAAAACCA